CUAGGCGCCGCUGCUCACCAAUCAGGGAAGGGGAAGCGGCGAGCUAUCGAGUCCCUCCCUCCCCCGCCUCUACCACACAAAGCGGAAUGAGAUGGAUACUCACAGAUCCUGAUGAGGGAAACUUAAGCGUACGUUCCUUCGCUUUCUAACGUAUUUUGGAUGCGGACAGCCUGGGACUUCAUCGAUACAUAAGCCGAUUCGGAACAGACCGGCUCAAGAAACCGCGGAAUACCGGCUUAGACCUUGCUAUGGCGAAUCGGCCACAGCGCCUGGACCGCAGCGGGAUGGUGCUGCUGUGCAUUUUCCUGGGGACGCUGCGGAGGUUCGGGGCCGGGCAGAUCCGCUACUCGGUGUCCGAAGAGACCGACAAAGGCUCCUUUGUGGGCAACAUCUCCAAGGACCUGGGGCUGGAGCCCCGGGAGCUGGCGGAGCGCGGAGUGCGCAUCCUCUCCAGAGGCAAGACGCGGCUUUUCGCUCUGAAUCCGCGAGGCGGCAGCUUGGUCACAGCGGGUAGGAUAGACCGGGAGGAGCUCUGUGAGACGGCGUCCUCCUGUUUUUUUAAUAUGGAGAUUCUUGUGGAAGACACCUUAAAGAUUUACGGAGUGGAGGUGGAAAUAAUGGAUGUGAACGAUAACGCUCCCAGCUUCCAGGAAGAGGAAGUGGAGAUAAAAGUCAGUGAGCACGCAACUCCUGGGUCGCGAUUUGCCCUUCCUAGUGCUAGGGAUCCAGAUGUGGGCGUGAACUCCCUCCAGAGCUACCAGCUCAGCCCUAAUGGUCUCUUUUCCUUGCAAGUACGAGGCGGAACUGAUGGGGCCAAGAAUCCCGAGCUAAUGCUGGAGGGAAGCCUGGAUCGAGAGAAAGAGGUUGCUCACCUCCUUCUCCUCACAGCUUUAGAUGGAGGAGAUCCCAUCCGCAAGGGCACUGUUCCCAUUCGUGUGGUGGUCCUCGACGUAAAUGACCACAGCCCAAAGUUUACACAGCCUGUAUAUCGAGUGAGUGUUCCAGAAAACCUCAGCUCCGGAACUCGGGUGCUAGUGGUAAAUGCAACAGAUCUAGAUGAGGGAGUUAACGGCGAAGUGAUGUAUGCAUUCCGGAAUAUGGAAAGCAAAGCUUCUGAAAUAUUCCACUUGGAUUCUCAAACUGGAGAAGUUCUAGUAAGGGGGCCUCUGGAUUUUGAAAAAUACAGAUUCUAUGAGAUGGACAUUCAAGGCCAAGAUGGCGGAGGUCUCUUCACCACUGCUAAGAUACUGAUCACGGUUGUGGAUGUGAAUGAUAAUGCUCCGGAAAUAACUAUCACCUCUUCUACCAAUUCAAUUCUGGAAAAUUCUCCUCCAGGAACAGUUAUUGCUCUCCUAAAUGUGCAAGAUCAAGAUUCUGGAGAAAAUGGUCAGGUCUCCUGUUUCAUUCCUAGCCACCUGCCUUUUAAAUUAGAAAAGACUUAUGGAAAUUAUUACAAAUUGAUAACAAGCAGAGUGCUGGACAGGGAGCAGAUCCAGAGCUACAAUAUAACGUUGGCAGCCACAGACCAGGGGAGUCCACCCUUGUCUACAGAAACUCAUAUCUCGCUGAAUGUGGCAGAUGACAAUGACAACCCUCCUGCUUUUCCUCCCUCCUCAUACUCCGCCUACAUUCCUGAAAACAACCCCAGAGGUGCCUCCAUUUUCGCAGUGACUGCCCUCGACCCAGACAGCAAAGAGAACGCCCAGGUUACUUACUCUCUGACUGAGGACACCAUCCAGGGAGUGCCUCUAUCCUCCUAUGUCUCUAUUAACUCCGAAACUGGCGUCCUGUAUGCACUGCAAUCCUUCGACUACGAGCAGUUCCGAGACCUGCAGUUGCAAGUGAUGGCGCGUGACAGCGGCGACCCGCCCCUCAGCAGCAACGUGUCCCUGAGCCUGUUCGUGCUGGACCAGAACGACAAUGCACCCGAGAUCCUGUACCCCGCCCUCCCCACCGACGGUUCCACGGGUGUGGAGCUGGCGCCCCGCUCCGCAGAGCCCGGCUACCUGGUGACCAAGGUGGUGGCGGUGGACAGAGACUCGGGCCAGAACGCCUGGCUGUCCUACCGCCUGCUCAAGGCCAGCGAGCCCGGGCUCUUCGCGGUGGGGCUGCACACGGGCGAGGUGCGCACGGCGCGGGCCCUGCUGGACAGAGACGCGCUCAAGCAGAGCCUCGUGGUGGCCGUCCAGGACCACGGCCAGCCCCCUCUCUCGGCCACCGUCACGCUCACCGUGGCCGUGGCCGACAGGAUCCCUGAAGUCCUGGCCGAUCUGGACAGUCUAGAGUCUCCCGCCGACUCCGAAACGUCAGACAUCACGCUGUACCUGGUGGUGGCGGUGGCCGCGGUCUCCUGCGUCUUCCUGGCCUUCGUCAUCGUGCUGCUGGCGCUCCGGCUGCGGCGCUGGCACAAGUCGCGCCAGCUCCAGGCUUCCGGCGGCGGGCUGGUGGGCGUGCCCGCCUCGCACUUUGUGGGCGUGGACGGGGUGCGGGCCUUCCUGCAGACCUAUUCCCACGAGGUGUCGGUCACCGCGGACUCGCGCAAGAGCCACCUGCUCUUCCCCCAGCCCAACUACGCGGACAUGCUCAUCAGCCAGGAGAGCUGUGGGAAAAGCGAGCCUCUCUUGAUAGCUGAAGACUCUGCUACUGUUUUAGACAAAUAUGACCCGACAAGUAAUCAGGUGAGAUUUAUUUCGCUGCCUUACAAUUGCUCGUGUCUUGGCACAAGUCUUUCGAGGGGCGCUUCAAAAAAUUCCUGUUAUGAAAACUUUCGUGGGGGUGGGAUUAUCUAGUCACACAUAUUUAGAGCAAGAGGUGAGAGUUGGUGUCGUUUACCUUUCAUAAGAUUACCGUCAUCUUUCAGAAUGUUUUUUGAAAGUCAUUUUUUAGUCCUGUCGUGUUUUCUUUUGAUUUCCAGGGACCAGUUCCACUAUCUUGGCUUGCUGUGCAUUAAGUUCAAUUUUAGUAUUAUUUUUCUAUUAUCAGUGUAUGAGGCCAUCAGUAUAUAAUAUAUAUUUUGAUAAGGUUAGUGAUUCACAAACACUUAUUUCCCUAUUUCAAUUUUGCCAUGUCUCCACUGAUUUAUGGUUAUAUUCC